GCCUUCUCCCACCCACCUCGGGGCUCACCUCCUGCUUGCUGUACCCUACAUUUCCCUCUCCGCCUCCCCCCCCCACGGAUGAUGGAUGCGGCUGCCGAGCGUCUCGCGGACGGCGGCCGUCCUCGCCCCCCUGGACUCGCACUCUCUCGAACUCGUCGGCGACGGUGGCUUCGACGACGUACCUAUCUUCGCCUUCGUGCGCUCCUUCCCGAAGCCGAGUUUCGUCGUGAGCAGUUUCCUGAUGAUGAACUUCGACGCGAACCUCCUGUGCCUCGGCGCCAGCAUCUACCUGAGGAUGGUGGUCAUCUUCCUGAUGCCCCUCGGGAGCCCAGUCGUGUGCGCCUUCCUGGCGAUGGUGAGCUUCGUGGGCACUGUCACGGGCAGCUACCUGAGGAUGGUGCGAUUCAUGAGCGCGGACGGGAGUCUCUACCUGCUGCUUUUCCUGAGGAGGCGGCGCAGCAUGCGAGUGGUCGUGAUCAUUCACCUGAUGAUAGAGGACAUCGAAGCGCGGUUCUUCCUGAAGCCGAGUCGCGUCGUGAGCAGCCUCCUGAUGAUGAACUUCGUUGCGAGCCUCAUGCACCUCGUGAGCUCUGUCGUGCGCGCCUUCCUGGUGAUGCUGAGAUUCGUAGGUCUUGUCGAGAGCACCUUCCUGAUGACGGGGCGCCCCAAGAGCGAGGCCGAGAGCAUCGACCUGAGGAUGAUGGGCAUCGCCGUGGGUUUCUCCCUGCUGCUGAACUUCGACGAGAGCCGUUUCCUGAAGAUGGACCUCGUCCUGGGCCUCAAGUGCCUCGUCGUGGGCAUCUACCUGGGGAUGCUGGUCUUCUUCCCGCUGCCCCACGCGAGCUCAGUCGGGUGCCCCUGCCUGGCGAUGCUGAGCUCCGUGGGCCUUGUCGCGAGCAGCUACCUCAAGCGCCACGAGAGGGCGUCAAUGACCACGUUCUGGCAUUGGUGUUUGUCUGUUCGGAGCUUGGAGACUUCUACGUGGAGCAAUGUCGUGGGACGUGCUGCCUUGGGCCCUCCUGGUCUGCCGGUGGAUCGCGGAGAAGAUAGGCGUCUGGUGGUCUGGGACCCGCAGUAUGCCUAUCAGAGUUGGGCCUCGCAGCGGUAUCGAUUGCGAGGAGGGCGCCGUCUACUUCAGGAGAUCUUCGACGAGUGGGCUGUUGAGGUGACCAUGGCUAGGCAGCGAAUGGUCCCGUGA